AUGGUCCUGGACAGCGCCAUUGCCCUGCUGAUACUCUCUUCGAAUAUCUCAAGAAUCCACCAAGAGCAACUGCCACAGCCUCAGAUGGUCAAUAAUAGCUUUGUCAUAGAGAUUGUGAGCAGUAUUCAUAAACUCUAUCAGUUUAAAAAUUUCGUUUUCUACAUAUCGGAACGCCUGGCCCUAGAUACAGAGAUUUCCAAUGAUUUCUUUCAUGAUUAUUGGGAGACUUUUCCCUUAGUGCCAUCCAUUUUGAUGAUCAACAAUAACCAGAGCAUGGAUGGCUAUCUGAGUACACCCACGUUGUGUUUGAUAAUGACCACAGGUUUCGAUGAUCCCAUCAUGCGGUUGGCCUCGGUGGGAUUGAAAGGAGUACGCUCCCUGAAGACCAUAUUCAUAUAUUUUCCCAUACUCUCAUCGGAGGAAUAUUACCGUAACUUGAAGGAAUACAUUAGCUUCUAUGAGACCAUACGUCGCGUAUAUGGCUGGAUAUGGCGCAAGCAGUUCAUCAAUUGCCUGCUGGUAACAGUGGACAACAACAUCUUCAUACACGAACCCUAUCCUACUCUCCGAAUAAUCAAUGUGACCUCCAAGUGGAACAGUUCUACUUUCUUCGUGGAUUACAGCACCGAUUUCAAAGGUUAUGUCAUCAACUCGCCCAUACGCUAUGAUCUGCCGCGAGUCUUUUACAUGACUGGCCCCCGCUAUGGCCUGGGCAAGAAGAAGCCCCAUCUAAGUGGAGUGUCGGGAAAAUUAUUCAUGGUCUUUGUGGAUCACAUCAAAGCGAGCUACAACGAAAGCCAAACCGAUGGCCAUGAAGAUGACCCGGUGGAUCUGGCAGAAACCGUUAAAAUGAUUGAGCUAAAGCAGCUGGAGAUCAGCAUGAAUUCGUAUACUGGAGUAAUUGGCUCAAAUAUUGGCAGCAGCUAUCCCAUAGGCAUCAAUGACUGGUGCAUGAUGGUGCCCUCUCGCAACGAGACACCUGCCCACAUGUUUCUGCAGAGGAGUUUCCGCCCCUACACCUGGUACUUUAUGUGCUGCAGCAUAUUCUAUAUAGCACUAAGCCUUUGGGUAGUCACGCCGCCGCCAAGACGCGACAUCACUAUGUCCCUUCUUCAGGCCAUAUGCUCAAUGUUGUUGAUAACUCCUCUGAGAAUCAUUAGAGGAACAGGUGUCCGCAUUCGUCUCAUAUUCGUGAUGCUCUUCAUCAUGGGCUUUUGCUUCACCAAUUUGUAUUUGACCAAAAUGGCCAGUUUUCUGACAGCCUCCCCGGAUGUACCACAAAUCAAUACAAUGCAGGAUGUCAUCGAUGCCAAAUUGCCCAUCAUGAUAACGAAUAGGGAAUAUGAAAACAUGUUAUCGAAGAAUCUUUCUGCCGAGUUCAUGGCUCUAAUGGUGCCGGUGAGCAAAGGUGAAAUAGACAAACAUCGCGAUGCAUUCAACAACUCCUUUGGCUAUUGCAUUCAAUCGGAUCGUUGGGAUUUUCUCAGCCUUCAGCAACGCUUCAUGAAAAACCCAAUAUUUCACCUAUCCAAGAUAUGUACGGGACCCUACGCUCACAUUAUUCCCAUACAAAGGGAUUCGCAUUUCGCCAAGCCCUUGCAGGAAUUCAUUAUAUCAGCCUUUCAAUAUGGGCUCAUAUCCCAUUGGAACCAUGAAGCCUUUGCUGAUGCCCUAUAUCUGGACUAUGUCAAGGUGAUUUUGGAAGACGAUAUCGUUGAGCCAUUGAGUCUCACAUACUUCCGUUCAAUUUGGAUCAUAUGGUGUACUGGUUUGCUACUCUCUGGUCUGGCCUUUUGUUUGGAGCUCGAAUGGCAUCUUUGGCAGCAGAACAGAGAACGUUUCAAGAAUCUCUACCAGCACAUGAGACAGUUUAAAUGGUUGAAAUUUAGAAAAUAA